AUGACUUCAAUAACUUCUAAAAAUAAGAAAAAAGUUUUGUCAGCAAGCAAUAAGGACGUUAAUACAAACAUAAAACUUCAUGUUACUAUACGUCUAGAAUCAACCACAUUAAAACAAAGUAAUUUGCCCAUUAAGGUGAUUGCAUCUGAAUCAACUUUAACUCAUAAAGAAAUAACUCAAACAAUUAUUAACCUUUCUGAUGACCUUACUGAACCUACUAAAGAUCUACCAAUUAAAGGUACUAAAUGUAAAAAGCAAGUUUUGAAAAUAAAAGUUAAAUCAAAUGAUGAUGCUAAGUGGACAGAUAGCGAAAUUAAAAUAUUGCUUAAGUUUUGGAAAGAAAAUUUGGAAGAAUAG